UAGAACACAGCCCAAUAACAAACGUCAAUUUUUCGGAAAUUCCUCAAUUACCCACUUGUCAAAAUCGUGAAUCACUGGAAAAAAUUUCAAAAACUAAACGAACGAAACCUUACUGAAACUGUAAUCGAAAACUUGUUCAAUUCAUCUCACAGAUCUCUAUUGUUUUAACCUAAUUUGUGUGAUGUUCGUCGCCAUGUUGAAUACCAUAUACAAAAUAAGUGUAGUGUCAUCAUAGUGCAUUAUUAAUUUAAUUAGUUUAUUUAAAAUUAUUGGUGUUGUGCGUGAAUGUUAAUAGGAGACACAAACUGUAAGGGACUGUGUGACUGAGACAAAUAAAACACAUCUAAAUAUUUCUGCAGAAAUUUUUAUAACUGGAAACUUUUGGAUUUAACACAUAGAACGUCCCGACAAUUAAACAAAAUGAGACGCGGCUCACACGACAUGCAAGUGAUGAACGUGGCGGGGAUUCGACGAAACCUGAAGAAUUUCGCGCACAACUACAGCGAUGCGCAGAAGAAGGUGCGCGAGGCCACUUCAAAUGACCCGUGGGGCCCUAGCAGCACCAUUAUGGCCGAAAUCGCUGAUUUGACUUAUAACGUGGUCGCCUUCAGCGAAAUCAUGCAAAUGGUGUGGAAGCGACUGAACGACCACGGCCGGAAUUGGAGGCACGUAUACAAAGCGCUGGUGCUGCUCGAGUACUUGAUCAAGACCGGAUCGGAGAAAGUGGGACAGCAAUGCAAGGAGAAUAUUUUCGCGAUACAGACGUUGAAGGAUUUUCAGUAUUUGGAGGAGGGCAAGGACCAGGGCCAGAACGUGAGGGAGAAAGCGAAACAGUUGGUUAAUCUUUUGAAGGAUGAUGAACGGUUGAAGAACGAAAGGGCGCGCGCCUUGAAGGCUAAGGAGAGGUUCGCACAGAGCGCCAGCGGUUUCGGAAGCGACGGUGGCUUGGACACUCCCAGCAGUCCAAAGUAUCCGGCCUUCAGAGGCGACUGGAACAGCCGGGACUCCGCGGAUAUCCCCAGGGAAAUAGAGAUAGCGAGGCCGCAGACGGCGGGUGAGGAGGAGCUACAGCUGCAAUUGGCCUUGGCCAUGUCGCGGGAGGAAGCCGAGCAAGAGGAACAAAAACGGAAGUCGGAUGAUGUCCGAUUGCAACUCGCACUCAGCCAGAGUCAACAGGAUUUCAACAAGUUUUGUUUUUAUUUAAGGGAGAAAGUUCAACCUAAUCAAAGUCACAUGGUUGAUCUGUUGGAUGUGGACUUGGCGCCAGUGGAUCCGUGGGGAAUGCCCCAACCGCCCAGACCGCAGUCGCUCGACUUGAGUUUCUUUAAUUUAUAUCCACCGCAAUCUUCCCCUUGGCAAUCUAAUUCUCUAUCGUCGCCGCCUUCUAGCGGUGCAGCAGCGGCCGCCGCCGACCCAUGGCAGCCGGUCGGUCAACAACAACAACCCCGUAAUGAUCCAUGGGGCGGUACCGCUAGCCCACCACUGCCGACCGCUUUGAACGGUUCCGCCGUGAUCGCGCCGCCGCAACGCCAGGACCCAUGGUCGCCCACCAGUCCCGCCUCGUCGACCGAUCUGGACGACUUCGACGCCAUCAGCAACAGAAACAGGACCGCGACGCCGGUUGGUGCCGGAGCCUCGCCCAAGACGAAUGGUAACGCAACGGGAGCGGUCGGCGAUCCGUUUGAGCUAACGCUGUUGGACGCGUUGGCCGUUUCUGGUCCCAGUCCGUCGACCGGUGCAACGAAAAAGACGCCCCAAAGUUUUCUGGGGGAGAAUUCUGCCUUGGUUAAUUUAGACAACCUCGUCACCAGUAAACCGGCCAAUCCUCCUCUAGCCGCCAAUCCGUUCUCCGAUGUGGCACCACCACCGAAACCCACCAUCAACGAAAUCAAACAACAGCAGUUCGCACCGUUUGCAACUGGCGGCGCCCAGUCGUACGGGGCUUCGGCGACGCAGUUCGGCGCCGUUUCAAACGCCUUUGCUUCAACGACGAAUGGCAACGCGUUCGGCGCGCCGAUGGUACCGGCACCGGCACCCGUUCAAGAUCCAUGGGCGCCCGUACAGACCUCCAACGUAGGCGCCAGUCCAUGGAUGAAAGCCGGCGAUCCGGCCAAUCCGUUCCUGUCUUAACAGUCGACGUUGCGGUUUUUCAAGGAAACUAAACUUUUAAUAAAUAUAGAGAGAACAUGGUGCAAGAUUAGGACUUAUAGUAACUUACUUUUCAUACAAAUUACGUAACGAAUUCAAAAAAUUAUUGGGUGUUAAAAUUAAGGGUAAAAUUUUGUAACGUAACUAAAUCUGCUUAGCUGUACAAGUUUUUUGUGAUGGACAUUUUGCUCAUUUUUAAUUUAUACAUCAACAAUUGCGAUGAGGAAAGCGAUUAAUUUAUUGUUAUAUACAUUAAAACAUAUCUAUAUUUUUAUUAAUUAAAGUAUGAUACAAUUACAUUUUUUGAGAUUAUAUAAAAUAUUUUAAUGCUUUCAAGCUUUACUAUUAAAUGUAUAAUAAAAUCCGUCACUUUUGAUAGACUGACAAAGUGUGAAAUUUUUCUAUUGAUAUAAACAUAAGAAUUGAGCUUCAACAAGGUUUGUAGUUUGAAAAAAUAAAAAGACAUGUUUCUGCAGACACGAUGAGAAAAAUUGCUCACAAAGAGAAAAUUCCUAUAUUUUUGGUUUAUAUCAACACCUAACUGAAUUUUCUCUUACAAUUUUAAUCAUCUUUAUCAUUUUUGCAGCUCUAUUAGCCAAAUAGUGUUGGAUUAGAAUAUGAAGUGCCGAUUUCAUACUUUUAUGUAACCCUGUGCUUUAUUUAUUUUGUCUUCACGCUUAAACUAUUUUAUUCUGUGUAAUUUUUAAGGCCUAUAUUUUAUAUGCAUUUUAAUAUAUGUCAAUUAAUUGAAUAUUGUAUAACUUAUUGUUCUUGCAUUUUUUUAUUCUAUUCCAACAGUAUCUAUAUUUUUGCAAUAUACAAAUAUAUUUAUAGUAUCCACCAGUAUUUUUAAUUUAUAAUGCUUCAAUAUUUAUAUUUUGAUGUAACGAGUUUGAAGCUUUCAUUUAUUUUGUUGUGUAAUAUAUAUAUAAAGUUUUUAGCUAGUUUGUAAGAAUAAAAUAAUAUAUUAUUUAUGUAAUUUACGUCGAAUUGUAUAUACAGAUUAUUUACUUAUCAUUAUGUUAUUAUUUGCAUCAUCUAAUUUUGAAAACGAUUCAAAAACACUGUAUAUAGUAUUAAACUAUUUUUUUAGCAUAAGGUUUUGUAUUAUAUAAGAACAGGAUCGAUUUUCAAGAGGGUAUAUUGGAUUUAAUUGUAUCGUGAUAGUUAUUUUCACUUACAUUCAUAAAAGAAAUAAAUUGCUAAAAUUUACAAA